AGAAACCCAAUUCACAUAUCACAAUCAAGAGAAGAGAAUAAUAGAUUGCAUCGCUUUUUUUUUGCUUUACAUUCCCUUUGGUUUUCUCCCAAAUUUCAUCCUAAGAAAAUUCCGAUGUCUUCCUCAAAGACCAUCAUUUUGAAGAGUUCUGAUGGGGAGAUCUUCGAGGUGGAGGAGGCCGUGGCGCUUGAGUCACAGAUGCUCAAGUACAUGAUUGUGGAUAACGAUGACACUACCAUCACCAUCCCCGUUCCUGAGGUAACUAGCAAGAUCUUGGGCAUGGCUAUAGAGUACUGCAAACGCCACGUCGAGGCCGCGAAGGGGACCAUUAAUUUCGACGAUCUCAAGGACUUCGAUGCUAAUUUCGUCAAAGUUAACCAGGAAACUCUGUUUGAUCUCGUCCUGGCUGCUAAUUUCCUCAACAUCAAGAGCUUGCUUGAUCUUACCUGUCAAACUGUUGCUGAUAUGAUCAAGGGGAAGACACCAGAGGAGAUCAGCAAAACUUUCAAAAUCAAAACUCCCUUCACACCAGAGGAAGAAGAAGAGAUCCGUAGGGAGAAUGCUUGGGCUUUUGAGUGAAAUUUCAAGUAUGUUAAUUGCCUGUUUGCUUGCUUUAAUGAUGGGUGCUAUGCAUGUAUUCUACUAAAUAAAUCCUCUUUGUUAUCAUAAUAAUGUAUGUGAUACCCUUUUCUUACACUAAUGUUUAAGCAGCUCUCUGUACCA